CAGUUGGAAUACAGGCAGAGUUCACUAACGGAUCGUUCAGUGCAGACUUUGUAAUGUCAGUGAAUUUCGAGUGCAUCAGUCUUUUCUACGUCGUUGUUUAACCACGAUAAAAUAAGAUUCGAAAAACUUGUCAAAAAUUUGUACAAUAGUAACAGCAAAAUGAGGCUUUUUAGCGCUACGUGCAAUUCCACAUUACGCCUCGUUGGUAAAACGGUCGUUAUUACCGGAGCAAAUACGGGAAUUGGUAAAGAAACUGCGAGGGAUCUUUACAGAAGAGGUGCAAGAGUUAUCAUGGCCUGUAGAAACAUGGAAAAAGCAAAUGCAGCAGCCGAGGAAGUGAAGACCGUUCCACCAUCCAAACCCGAGAGAGAACAGUUCCAAGGAGAUCCAGGGGAAGUCGUUACUUGCAAAUUGAACCUCGCGAGUUUCGCGAGCGUUCGCGAAUGCGCCAAGCAUCUCAUUGAGAACGAAACGAACAUUCACAUGCUGAUCAACAACGCGGGCGUCAUGAUGUGCCCUUACGAAAAAACCGAGGACGGUUUCGAGUCCCAAUUCCAGACCAAUCAUCUCGGCCACUUUCUUCUCACGUUGCUUCUGCUCCCGAAACUCCGGAGCUCGACGCCCGGUGUCAAAAUUAUCAAUGUCUCAUCGGAUGCUCAUUAUUUUGGCACAAUCCACUUCGAUAACAUCAAUUUGGAACGAUCUUACGGUCCGAUAAAAGCCUAUGCUCAGAGCAAACUCGCCAAUGUUUUGUUCACGAGGGAAUUAGCGAGGCGUUUGAAAGACGCCAAGAUCGAGGGCAUCACAGUUUAUUCGCUACAUCCAGGGGUCAUUGCCACAGAAUUAGGGCGGCAUAUAAAUACGACCCUCUUCCCUGGGGUCGGCUUCAUGUUCAACAAAUUCGUUCGGCCGUGGUCGAAGACUCCGGAACUUGGAGCUCAGACGACACUUUACUGCGCGCUUGACGAAGAGGCUGCCAAGCAGAGCGGAUUGUUUUACAAGGAAUGUGCGGUCACGACUCCAUCAGGAAAAGCGAGAAACGACGAGCGUGCUUUACGCCUCUGGAACGAGAGUUUGAAAUUCGUCGGUCUCGAAGGACACGAAAACCUUGCGGAAUUAUCGGCUGUCUCGACCCCUCGCGCUUUAACUCAGGCAAAUUUGAUUGCUUCUUUAAAUCCAGUUGAUUUUAGUAAUAGGGGUGAAAGAAACAACAUGUUUUCGUUCAGCAGUAUAUGCAACAGUGAGACUCGCCUCGUCGGUAAAACCGUCGUUAUCACCGGUGCGAAUGCAGGAAUCGGCAAAGAAACUGCCAGGGAUCUGUACAGACGUGGUGCAAGAGUUAUUCUGGCCUGCAGGAACGUCGCGAAAGGAAAUCUAGCAAUCGACGAUAUCACGGCUGCAUCACCAUCAAGAUUUGAGAGAAAGCAAUUUCUAGCAGGUCCAGGUGAGCUCGAGGUCUGCGAGCUCGAUCUUUCGAGUUUCUCGAGCAUUCGUAGCUGUGCCAAAAAACUGCUAGAGAGAGAAAGCAGCAUAAACAUUUUGAUAAACAACGCCGGAGUGGCGACGCGUUAUUUUGACAAAACCGAGGACGGUUUUGAGUACCAAUUGCAGGUCAAUUAUCUCGGGCAUUUUCUUUUCACGUUGCUUUUGAUGCCGAUGCUAAAGAGGUCAACGCCCGAGGUGAAGAUCAUCAAUGUCUCAUCAUACGCCCAUUACAAGGGAUUCGUGAACUUCGAUGACAUCAAUUUCGAGGAGUCAUUCACACCUGCGAAAGCCUACAGUCAAAGCAAACUUGGCGCUGUUCUGUUUACAAGGGAAUUGGCCAAACGCUUGAAAGAAGCAGAGGUCCAGGGAAUUUCAGUGUACUGCGUGAAUCCAGGCGUCGUCAGAACGGACGCAGCACGUCAUUGGCAUACAACUUUUUCUCGUGCUGGAGAAUUUCUCUUCGAUAAAAUUACACAACCUUUUAUAAAAAGUCCUGAACUCGGGGCUCAGACGAUACUGCACUGUGCUCUUGACCAAGAAGCUGCCAAGCAGACUGGACUGUUUUACAGGGAAUGUGCUGUCAAGACUCCAUCGCGGAAUGGAAGAAACAGCGCACUUGCAUUCGUGUUCUGGAACUCGAGUUCAAAAUUGGUGGGUCUCCACGGCCAGGAUAACCUCGCGAAGAUGUAAAGCAUUUCUUGAUAAGAGGACAAACGUUUUUUCUACUGUUAUGAUGGAAUGUAUAAAAUUUGUUUUUUUACGAAAUAAACGAAAAAUACUCCGCAAACUCAAAA